AUGGAUCACUUAGCGGUGUCAAGCAUUGUUCCUGGUGGUUCAUUACCUAAUAUAUUUUUCCCAAAGAUGCAUGCCAAGUGCCAGAUUUUCUCCACAAGCGAGUUGGAAUAUGCAUUUGUUGAGUGCAAAAACUUAAUUGCUGACGUUGGGGAUAUGAUGAGCGUCCAAGUGAUUGUUGAAGGAUCAAUGAAUAGUUCGAACCCCUACUUCUCAAGCUCUUGGCGGCGGGACUUCGCUAGGGGUUUCAUUCUGGAUAUGGGCGUACACUUCAUUGCUGGAUUACGGAUGGUAACUGCCUUUGAAAUCCAAAAUGUUUCAUUGAAGUUUUUAGUUAAUGCCAUGCAUACAAUGGAAGAAUUGAAGCUUACAGGGAACCAUCUGAAAGGUUCCCGUCCAAUUUUGACAUUUUCAUCAAAUUUUGAUAAAGAUGUCCACUGGAAACUUCUGAAGGAAAUGAUUAUUCAGAUUUUUGGAACUCCUAAGGAGCAUCGACAUUCUAAACCGUACCAUGAUCAUGUAUUUGUUUUCUCUAUUGUUGAUGACCAUAUCUGGUUCUGGAAUUACCAGAUAUCUGUUCCACAUAAUGAAUCAGAUAAAGUCGCUCGAGGAGGACUUGAUAAAAUGACACUCAUUGAGGUUGGCCCACGAUUCUGUUUGAAUCCAAUCAAGAUAUUUGGUGGCAGUUUUGGAGGUCCUACCCUAUAUGAGAACCCACUUUAUGUAUCGCCAAACCAGGUUAGAUUGAUUGUCCAACUUUUUGAUAAUUUGGGAUUACACUUCUUCACACUAUUCUUUUAAAUUUGGGUUAUAAAAACA